AUGGAUAGACAGCAGUUACCGGCCAAGGGUGCGGUUGGGCUUAAUGAACUUGAGGCUCGGACAGCUGGAGCUCCUCCAAAUCAUGCGCUCAGGGUGCAGGCACUUUCGUCGCUGCGUGGCUGCUCCGGAGUAUACUGCCGGUUCUCGAGAAAGGAGGCUUGCUCGCAGCCACCGAAGAGGGGGAUCCUGUCCUUGACUGGCCUCUUUGCCGACGAUGAAGUUAUCGAGUCAAAGCCGAUGCCCUCGAAAGCCCCCUCGCAAAGGUACCGCGGAGUCCUCGCCUGGAGGUUCCAGUCCAGCUACCGCCGACGUGAUUGGAGAGGGUUUGACGAACUUCUCCCCUCCUCCGUUCCCCCUGAAGACGACUACCUCUUCCCAGGGUAG